CUUUCCACCAAGAUGAUGAAUCAAACAGUGCAGCAGGAUUAGAUGUGUUUGGAAAGAAACAUAAGGGGCUUAUUUCUAGGAUGAAACGUUCCUUAUCUGUGAACAAUGGUAAAGAACCUCUAAGCACUAUCAGCAGUGGUAGCAGCAAUAGCAGUGGCAGUAAUAAACCAAUGCAACGCAGUUUCAAUUCCAAUAUUCACUUUAGUUCAAACUAUGAGAAUACAGCCUCUACUGUCUCUGUUCGAUCCUUUUCUUCUGUGACAAGUAACAAAAAAAGAACGCAUCAACGUCUUCAUUUUCAGCAAAUGAGGCUAAAUUGAUGUUCAAGACAGCCAAGGAAGAAGACAACAAAAAGACCUUGGAUUUGGCGCCGACACCAGCCAUGUAUUGGUCUAUAGCUGAGCUACUAGGUUUAGAACCGCCCAAAUUACGAGCUCAUGCUAGUGCUGUCUAUGAUGGGAAGAUGUAUGUCUAUGGCGGUACGACCAGGACCACAUGCUCCGAUACGCUCUAUAUUCUUGAUUUGGAUACCUUUCACUGGUCUGAGCCCAAAGUAUACGGCACGCCACCACCGCCCUGUCGAGCUCAUUGCUUUGUGGUAGAUGACAAUGGAGACAUUUAUUUGGUAGGGGGAGGAGAUGGACAGACUUAUUAUAAUCAUGUUUAUAAGUUUAGUACACACACAAUGAUAUGGACAUGUCUAGAAACAACUCACAGACCAUCCGAAAGAAGAGCACACGCAGCCGUCAUCUGGAAUGAUGGACUCUAUAUCUUUGGAGGAGGAGAUGGGAAGAAGGCACUAAAUGAUGUUCAUAUCCUCAACCUGAAAACGCUCGUGUGGAGCGAACUACGAACGACGGGGGAUAGACCAAGUAGUCGUGGAUAUCAUUCGGGUACACUUGUGGGAGAUAAAGUAGUCAUAUUUGGAGGAAGCGAUGGUAAAGAAUGUUUUGGUGAUGUGCAUGUAUUAGACCUUGUUCAUCAGAAAUGGCAUAAGAUACCCAUGGAGAAGAGUAUACCCAGGUUAUCCCAUUCAGCUACCUCUGUUGGAUCCUACCUGUUUAUCAUUGGAGGACAUGAUGGCAAACAGUAUUGUAGUGAAUUGAUCUUACUCAACUUGGUCAGUCUAAAGUGGGAAACCAAGCGAGUCUAUGGACAAGCACCUUCACCCAGAGGAUACCAUUCAACUGUGCUCUAUGAUAGUCGACUUUUUCUAUUUGGUGGUUAUAAUGGAUCGAGGUUCUCUAAUCAAGUUUAUAUCCUUGAAUUAAGUUCUUAUGCUUAUUUACCCCAAUUUGUUAACUUUACGAUUGAAACUCCCUAAAGUCAGAUUAGGAAGACAAAGAGAAU